CGCGUAAAAAAAAUCCAGCUAUUUCAAAAGAAAAGAAAAAGCCUGUUGGAUUAACUUCCCUAGUAGGAUGUUCACAGCAGGUAUGCAAAUACCCAAUAAGAGGGAUCAACGACAAUAAUGCAUGCUGUUUCAAGAGAUAAAUUCUGUUUAUAUGAAUAGUGAGAGGUAGAACACGAUGUUAUUUAAAAAUGAGACAAUAUGCAUGGUUGUCGGGAUUGCUGGAAUCAUAUAUUUCGUUAUUACACUAGUGGGAUUCAUCUAUUGUAAAAUCAGAAAUAUUACAUGCUGCCAUGAAACACAUCAGGAAAGCAGUAACGAGUUUAAGAUUGAAAGAGAAGAGGGUAUUAGAGAAUCAGGUGUUUGUGGAGAGCUGGACCCAACACUGCAGCGCUAUGGUAAAAAUCCCACGCAUGACAGCAACUUGAGAGCAAAAGAAUCAGAUGAACAAGGGGAGCCAAAAUAUGAUUAUGCAGUCACAGGAGAAAUAUCUAGAUGCACAGGUAAUGAAUCACAGAAAAGUCAAAAAGAGUUUAAGAUUGAAAGAGAAGAGGGUAUUAGAGAAUCAGGUGUUUGUGGAGAGCUGGACCCAACACUGCAGCGCUAUGGUAAAAAUCCCACGCAUGACAGCAACUUGAGAGCAAAAGAAUCAGAUGAACAAGGGGAGCCAAAAUAUGAUUAUGCAGUCACAGGAGAAAUAUCUAGAUGCACAGGUAAUGAAUCACAGAAAAGUCAAAAAGAGUCAAUAGACCACAAAAAGAAAAAUACGAGUAAAAACGAAACAGAGACCAACAAGAAAGCUGAUGAGCCUGCGGUUAUUGAAGACACUGAAUUUAAAAGGAAAAAAAAGGCGAAUGCAAAUAAGCCAAUCAAAAGAACAUGUUUGAAAAGUGGCACAGUACAUUAUGAAAAUGAAGUGGAUACCCCUGUAAACAAGGCAAACGAUGACACUGAAAAUGAAAGUGUUAGUGACACGUCUUAUGUUCAAAUGAGAAAAACAGAUAGUGCAUCUAACCAGUAUGAGAAUGAAGGCAAUAAAAUUUCUUCAAAUGAGCAUGAAAGUAACGUUUAUGAGAGUGUGCAUGGUUUGUCAAAAAAGAUGAUGACCGUCGUAGACAUAGAUAUUGAAGCCAAUAACGAUGAAUGUAUGGCAACAUCAGACAAAGGUAUUAGUGACAAUAUGAGCCACAAAAAAUUGAACACAGACAGAGACAAUCUACAAACUUCAAAUACCAAUUAUAUAGAAAACAGAGAGAGAGAACAUGGUGAAAGGUUGGGAAAAAGGGACUCUUACAGUAAUAGAGAGAGCCAGGGAAGUGGUCAAAGCAACGAGAGCAGAAAAAGUGAUGAAAGCGAGGAAAGCAAUGAUAGUAACAAUAGUAGAUCUACAGAUAUAUCUGUUCGUUCUGACAAUACAGAUAUAUCUGUUCGUUCUGACAAUUCUCCAAGAGAAUCAGCACCAUCAACAAACCCUAGUCAAGACAGUAGUGCUACGUACAUCAAUGUUUAUGCAAAACAUAUUCAGAUUGGUCCGAGCACUAUUGUCCACAUGCAUACAGAUUAGCAUAUAGUAAAAAAUUAAUGUAUCUAUCUAUAAAUAACAAAGUGAAGAAUGUUAGAGGUCGUAGUUUAUGUUCUCUAAAUUUAUAAAUCCAUUUGGAAUAUAUCAAUUAUGCGGGAAAACCGGAGGGAAUCGUAUGAAGUCUAAACGGAACGAGUCCGAGUGCAUCAACAUGGUAAACGUCUCCUGCUUACAUAUAUCACUCUUCAUACUUCAUACAAAAUCAGACUCAUAAAAAUAUGUCACUAGAGAUGGGACACAAGCAAUAUGUUUAGAUCAGACGACAUUUCUGAUGUAUUUAGAUUACAAUAUCUUUGAAAACAGAUUUGCAUAAAAUUUAUUUUGAUAUCCGCUUAUUCCUUUUCGACAAAAGAGAUUUACAUGAUGAAAAUGCAGGAUGGAAAAUAUUGAAUGAUUUGUUAUCAAAUGAUUUUAAUUGUUAUGAUUUAUGUUCUGCAUUGCAUAUGACAAAUCAGGUAUUGAAAUUUAUGUUAUAUCGUCUGUUUUUGGAAUUCCAAAUUACUCAUACAUGGCUUAACAAUGAAAAGAAGCUAUAUUUUAUUUUUACUUCACGUUCUGACGAGUAUGAGUAUUUAACGAAUUUUUCAAUACUUGAUGCUUUUGUUGAUUGGCAGUAAAGGCCGGUUGAGAACUAAUUGUACGGCAAAAGGAAUAAAGUAAUUGUUUCCUACA